UAGCCGAAGAAGAAGCCGCAGCCGAAGCAGAAGAAGAAGGUGACGGUGACGUACUUCCUGCAGCCCAGUCGCCGCCGGGUCAUGUUGGUGUUCUUGGAGAAUAAAAGAAUCGCACUUUAACUUUCAGUGCUGAAGACAGACGGCGCCGAGGCAUUUGAGCCGACCGGGAAACACAGCGACAGCGAAGUGAAGAGGGACUCAUUGGACUUAAGAAGGUCAUAAGAAGAAAGGAAAGCUCAUUGUUUCUCCAGGUCACGGUGCUUUAGAAGACAACGCUAUGGCCAAGGUGCAAGUGUUGAAUGUGGCUGUGCUGGACAACCCGAGCCCGUUUGGAAAUCCGUUCCAGUUUGAAAUAACGUUUGAAUGCAUGGAGGAUUUGCCGGAAGAUCUGGAGUGGAAGAUCAUCUAUGUGGGUUCGGCUGAGAGCGAGGAAUACGACCAGGUUCUGGACUCUGUCCUAGUUGGCCCGGUACCGGCUGGCAGACACAUGUUUGUGUUUCAGGCUGAUGCUCCAAACACGGGACUGAUUCCAGAGAGUGAUGCUGUAGGAGUGACUGUAGUCCUCAUAACCUGCACCUACCGUGGACAGGAGUUCAUCCGCAUUGGCUACUAUGUCAACAAUGAAUACACAGACCCUGAACUAAGAGAAAAUCCACCUCUCAAACCAGACUACACUCAGCUCCAGAGGAAUAUUUUGGCCUCCAACCCUCGUGUCACCCGCUUCCAUAUCAACUGGGAGGGCUUGGCAGACAAGAUGGAGGACUGCGAGAACGUUGACCCAUCACCCAACGUCAGUGGCAUGCUCCCUCCGUCCUGUAUACCCGGGAAGAUGCCACCGCUUGGAUUGAUGCCGGACAACUCCAUGGACUUCAUGUAAUAAUCCUCAGAUUAAGCUGACGGACAGGAAGCUCUUCUUAUCUGUACCUGCACACUCGCCAUCAUCACAAACACUGGUUGGACGAGGAGGCAAUGGACGCACCUACGUAACUUGGACAUCAACAGGAAGCAGGGAUAUUAUUUUUCAAUAUAUUUUUUUUCUAUAUUUUUCUUUCAAAACACACACACUCUGAUCUGCACAACCAACCUUGCCUUAUUUUUCUGUAUCGCUGUCUCGUCUGAUGUCAAAGGUGAGCUGGAGAAAGUUUCAGUCACCAGGUGGGAAGAGCUUAACAUGAGACCACCAUAUCCUCAUAGCCCUGAGAUGUGCAAGUCACACUUGUUGGGUACCCGUUACCUGCUGGUUAUUUUGUCCCCUUGAGCGCAGAUCAAAGCUAUGGGCAGUACUUAAUAAAUACUCUGUCAGAAUAGAUUUAGCGCUAGCCACUUACUGUAAAUAAUGUCAUUCUUCUGAAAGGUUGUCUCAUUUUGAUAUAGAUCUGCAGCAUUGGGAGAACCAGAGGAAAACAAUUGGAUUGAAAUGUGGCCAAUGUUCGGAUGUUCAGGGGGACAUUUUACUUCUCGGUUCUUAUGUUCAUAAAAAUGUUACAUCGGAUGUGUCUUUAAUUAUGCUCAAAACUAGUGGGUUAAGGAGACACAGGUGCCAUACUGCAGUCAAGUUGCUUGGAUGAUGUAACCAUACUGUAAAUAAUGUUUUCCCAGCGCUUAUUUCAUCUUCAGGAUAAGAAGACAUGUUUUCUUUUUUUGUACUAUAUAUAUACUCUGCCUCGGUGUUUGUAACAGCAGCGAUGGGGUUAAUAAAGUUUGUUUUGUGGACCUUU